CUUAAAAAUUGUUUCUUUGAUAAACUAGUGUUAUAUUUAGAAUUAAGAGUAUCAUAAAAAAUUGUUUUCUGGGGGGAGAAAAAAUGGUGGGAGGAGGGAAGGGCCGGAAGGAGGAUCCGUUGGUGAUUAACAGCACCAAUGUUUUUGCUGCGCUCGGGAGUUUGAAGAAGAAGAAGAAGGGAAACGAGAAAGAAAAUCCGGGUUCUUCUUCUAAGACCAAAGGGAUGAAAGGAUUGAGGAAGGAAGCCGAGAAGAAAGAGGUGUUUUGGGGCCCAUCACCUCUCAAGGUGAAGUCUUGGGCUGAUGUUGAUGAAGAAGAUGAUGAUGAUUAUUUUGCCUCGAUGGCUCCUCCUGGCUCUGCUUGGGGCAUUCCUAAAGAACCUGGGCCUGUUUUAGAGGAAAGUGAAAUCGAAGAAGAUGAUCUUGACGAAGUUGAUGAUGAUGUUGAAGAAGAACAUGAAAACGAAACUGAGACACAGGCAGAAGUGCAGCCUGUUAUUAGCAAGCCUCCUGAACCCUCUCCGGUUAACAAAGAGGCAGAAAAAAUGCUUUCAAAGAAGGAACUGAAGAAGAAGGGGCUUGAGGAACUCGAUGCUGUUCUUGCUGAGUUAGGAUAUGCAAAACCACAGACAGGUGGCCCGGAUGAUUCCCAAGGUGCUGAACAGAAAAAACCAGAGAGCAAUGGGAAAAUUGAAAAGAAAGAGAGUGCUCCUUUCGAGAGCAAGAGUGCCAAAAAGAAGAAAAAGAAGGAUAAAUCAUCGAAGGAGGCGAAAGAAUCAUCGCAGGGACAACCAGAAGGCUCUGAUGCUGGAAAUGUUGGCAAGGAAACCGGUGAAACUAAGAAGCCAGAUGAGCCAUCUCCUGUGGAUGUGAAGGAGAAGCUGAAAAAGGUAGUUCCUGCAAAGAAGAAGAAAUCGAGUAAAGAGAUGGAUGCAGCUGCACGAGCUGCUGCCAAUGAGGCUGCUGCGAGGAGUGCAAGGCUUGCAGCUGCAAAGAAAAAAGAGAAGAACCACUACAAUCAGCAGCCGGUGCGGUAAAGCGGCACAAGAGCUUCAGUUUUACUUUUAUCAUAUUAACAUUUUACCCUCUUCGGUUCAAUUUGUUAAUUCGGAAUAAAACAUCAGUAAAUGGCUUUCGUGAAUUUGACU